AAGCCCAAGGCCAAAAGUUUGGGAUACACUGACUUUUGGAAUUAGCAGCAAGAACAGGUUGUUGCUUAAAGGGUAUCCCCGGUACUCCUUCAGCCAAAAGUCUCUGGCAAAGCUUGCCCUUGUGUUGUUGGGCUAAGGCUGUCCAUGAGUUUCUAAAGAAACCAGUUAACACCGACUGGACCUUAGCAUUGUAACAACAGUCAGACGUUUGUCUGUUUUUAUCAGACAUUUCCGAACAAAAGUCUUAAGAAGAUACGUUUCUGCAAUAUGGCAUUUAUGGUGAAGACAAUGGUAGGUGGGCAGCUGAAGAACCUCACAGGAGGUCUUGGCGGCAAAGAAGAAAAGGGAGAAGGAGAAAAAUCAGCAGCAGAAGCCCAAGGAAUGACAAGGGAGGAGUAUGAAGAGUACCAAAAGCAGCUUCUUGAAGAAAAGAUGGAGAGGGAUGCUUUAUACACACAGCGUAAGGCUGAGAGAGCUACACUUCGUAGUCACUUCAGAGAAAAGUACCGCCUACCUAAGAGUGACAUUGAUGAUGCACAGAUCCAGUUGGCUGGAGGAGAUGUGGAGCUACCCAAAGAACUGGCCAAAAUGAUUGAAGAGGACAAUGAGGAAGAGGAGGGAAAAACAUCUGUCAUAGGACAGUUAACCAGCAUCCAAAAUCUUGACUUGGAAUCAAUUAAAGGAAAAGCACAGUCCACUCUGGACGAUCUGAAGCAGUCAGCAGAGAAGUGUAUAGUAAUGUGAGACCCUUAUUACAUGAUUUAAACCAGCUAGCAGGCAUUCACAACAUUUAAUAUUACUAUCACUCUAACCAGCCCAGGUCUGAUGAUUUGUCAAAACACAGGCCAGCUAAAGUAAUACAGCUGGCGCCCAUAUUCCAGCAAAAGAGUUAGUGACCCAUUGUUAAGAAUCCAACCCUGCAAGCUUUAUUCAUCUUUGGAGUUCGAAAAAAGCUAUUCCCGAGUCCGCAGUACGAAUUUUGGCUACAAGGGACAACAUUGACCUGUUUAAAAUGUAUACUCCUUUCAACAAGCUUUGUGUUAUGAGGUGUAAUGCUGGAUGCUAGAGGUUUGCUCACAACGCAGAUGCCAACAGAUAGAUUAUUGCAAAAAACACAUUCAGGAUAUAAAAUGGGUAAUUUUAACAUCCAAGCAGGGGAAAAAACUGCAAAGCAGAAAACGUUAGAUAGUCAGGCAAAUUUUCUUACUGUGUGUGUGUAUUUUAUUAUACCGUGUACUAAACCCUAAAUGGAUAUUAAAUCCUAUUUUAUACAAAUUAAAAAAA